AUGGCGCCCGUGAGAGCAGCUAGCUGCCUUUUACGGCACCUUGAGUCCCAACAGCUGCCAAUUGGCCGGACGAUUGUCAGAUGGAAGCAACCUAGCGCCUCUGCAAGCCUCCCUCCUCCCCGACGGCUCUUCUCCAGUACCCCGCGAUUCGCAAAGCAAGCAGCCGACGACCCGGGCUUUACCUCGAUCCUCGACAACCCGCCCGAGCUAGUCCGAACCGGCCGUAGACAUGGGCCUGGCCUUGUCAUCCUCGCCAUCAUCCCCGUAACCGCCUUCAUCCUCGGCACCUGGCAGGUCAAGCGGCUGCAAUGGAAGACGGACCUCAUCGCCAAGUGCGAAGACCGGCUCGUGCGGCCUCCGCUCCCGCUGCCUCCGCGCGUCGACCCGGACGCCAUCGCCGACUUUGACUACCGCCGGGUCUACGCGACGGGCCGGUUCCGGCACGACCAGGAGAUGCUCAUCGGUCCGCGCAUGCGCGACGGCGAAGAAGGGUACAUCGUGGUGACGCCGCUGGAGCGGGACGGCGACGAGCGGGCAAAGGUGCUGGUCAACCGGGGGUGGGUGUCCAAGAAGAACGCCGAUCAGAGAAAGCGGCCGGCUGGGCUGCCCCAGGGCGAGGUGAGGGUAGAAGGCAUGCUGAGGGAGCCGUGGAAGAAGAACAUGUUCACGCCAGAGAACAGGCCCGACAAGGGCGAAUUCUAUUUCCCGGAUGUGAAGCAAAUGGCCGAAUUAACCGGGAGUCAGCCGGUCUGGAUUGAGCAGACGAUGGACCCUGACUACUUCACGGUUCUGGACUACCAAGACCGCGGCAUCCCCAUCGGUAGGCCGGCCGAGGUAAACCUGCGCAAUAAUCACGCGCAGUACAUAUUCACCUGGUGA